CUCAUUUAUAAAAAGGGUGAAAAUGACUGAAGUUUUGGAUUUAACCAAGGAUUAUACCAAGGAGAACCAAAACGUUGACAAAUCUAAAACCCGGAAGCGGCGGAGAAAGACAGGACCAAAGACAGAUUCAACACCGUACGCCACCGUCCCACUUCCGCCUUGCAAGGUAUGCGGUGGAAACUCGACCGGAUAUCAUUUCGGGGCGAUCACUUGCGAAGCUUGUAAGGCAUUUUUCCGACGGGUAUUAAUACACAAACAUGAAUAUAAGUGCAUGAAGAAUGACGACUGUAAAAUUGUAAUGAAGAGACUGGGUAACUGUUCAGCUUGCAGACUCAAGAAAUGUUACGAUAUCGGAAUGUCUAAAGGAGGUGUACGUAAAGGAAGAUAUUCCAUAGCAAUAAGAACGAGAGCAAUUGUCGAAGCUAAAGCUUUGGAGGGAAAAAAUCCACCAGCAAUAACACCAAGUAAAGAAGCAUGUGAGAUGUCCGCCGUAGGUAAUUCGUCUAAGUCGUCAAUAGAAUCAGCCUUAUCAUCGUCAACAGAAAGUCUUCUACGGAACACAGGUUUACAUCAUAUUGUAAAGCAUGCUGAUAACUUGAAACUCCUUUUAUAAUCUAAAACGAAUAUU